GGGGAGGGAGCGGCCAGCGGGCGGCGGGCACUGGCGGCACGAGCAGGUGGGAGCCGCCGAGGGGCGAGGCCGCCCGCGGGGGCGCCAGGCGGCGGGCACUGCGCCGCGCCCCUAUCCGCGGUGCGCGCUCGCGGUGCGUCCGGGGCGUCCUCGACUCUCGCGCGCCCAGCCUGCUCGGGCCCUACCUGCGGCGGCCGUCGGGGGCGCGGAGCCCCCAGCGCUGCCGAGCCGCAUGAACAAUAGGCGGCGGCGGCUCCCGCGGGCGGCCGCCCCGCACCCUAUGGACCGGCCGCUCCAUGGAGUCCUCCAGAUCGCUUCUCGGCUGCCUGGCGAGCGCCGCUGCUGCCGCCCCGCCGGGGGAGGAUGCCACGGGCGCUGGGGCCGAAGAGGAGGAGGACGAGGAGGAGGCGGCGGCGGAGCUGGGAUCUCACGCCGCGCUGCCCUACUGGACGGCUGUGUUCGAGUACGAGGCGGCGGGCGAGGACGAGCUGACCCUGCGGCUGGGCGAUGUGGUAGAGGUGCUGUCCAAGGACUCGCAGGUGUCCGGCGAUGAGGGCUGGUGGACCGGACAGCUGAACCAGCGGGUGGGCAUCUUCCCCAGCAACUACGUGACCCCGCGCAGCGCCUUCUCCAGCCGAUGCCAGCCGGGCGCGGAGGACCCCAGCUGCUACCCGCCCAUUCAGCUGUUAGAGAUUGAUUUUGCGGAGCUAACCCUGGAGGAGAUCAUCGGCAUUGGAGGCUUCGGGAAAGUUUAUCGUGCUUUCUGGGUGGGCGAUGAGGUGGCCGUGAAAGCAGCUCGUCACGACCCUGAUGAGGACAUCAGCCAGACCAUAGAGAAUGUUCGGCAAGAGGCCAAGCUCUUUGCCAUGCUGAAGCACCCGAACAUCAUUGCCCUCAGAGGGGUGUGCCUGAAAGAACCCAACCUCUGCUUGGUCAUGGAGUUUGCUCGUGGAGGGCCUUUGAACAGAGUAUUGUCUGGGAAGAGGAUUCCCCCGGACAUUCUGGUGAACUGGGCUGUGCAGAUCGCCAGAGGGAUGAACUACCUGCACGAUGAGGCGAUCGUACCCAUCAUCCACCGAGACCUUAAGUCCAGCAACAUAUUGAUCCUGCAGAAAGUGGAGAAUGGAGACCUGAGUAACAAGAUUCUGAAGAUCACCGACUUCGGGCUGGCGCGGGAAUGGCACCGGACCACCAAGAUGAGUGCGGCGGGAACUUACGCUUGGAUGGCGCCUGAAGUCAUCCGUGCUUCCAUGUUUUCCAAAGGCAGCGAUGUGUGGAGCUAUGGAGUACUGCUUUGGGAACUGUUGACUGGUGAGGUGCCCUUCCGGGGCAUUGAUGGCUUAGCAGUGGCUUAUGGUGUGGCUAUGAACAAACUCGCCCUUCCUAUCCCUUCUACGUGUCCAGAGCCUUUUGCCAAACUCAUGGAAGACUGCUGGAAUCCUGACCCCCACUCACGCCCAUCUUUCACGAGUAUCCUGGAUCAGCUAACGACUAUAGAAGAGUCCGGUUUCUUUGAGAUGCCCAAGGACUCCUUCCACUGCCUGCAGGACGACUGGAAACAUGAGAUUCAGGAGAUGUUUGACCAACUCAGGGCCAAAGAAAAGGAGCUCCGAACCUGGGAGGAGGAGCUGACACGGGCUGCGCUCCAGCAGAAGAACCAGGAGGAGCUGCUUCGGCGUAGGGAGCAGGAGCUGGCUGAGCGAGAGAUCGACAUCCUGGAGCGAGAGCUCAAUAUCAUUAUCCACCAGCUGUGCCAGGAAAAGCCCAGGGUGAAGAAACGCAAGGGCAAGUUCCGGAAGAGCCGACUGAGGCUCAAGGAUGGCAACCGCAUCAGCCUCCCCUCCGAUUUCCAGCACAAGUUCACGGUGCAGGCCUCCCCAACCAUGGAUAAAAGGAAGAGUCUGAUCAGCAACCGAUCAAGUCCUCCUGCAAGCCCCACCAUCAUCCCUCGCCUUCGAGCCAUCCAGUUGACGCCAGGUGAAAGUAGUAAAACCUGGGGCCGGAGCUCAGUUGUUCCAAAAGAGGAAGGGGAGGAAGAGGAGAAGAGGGCCCCAAAGAAGAAGGGCCGGACAUGGGGACCAGGAACACUUGGGCAGAAAGAGCUCACGUCAGGAGAUGAAGGCCUCAAGUCCCUGGUAGAUGGAUACAAGCAGUGGUCAUCCAGUGCCCCCAACCUGGGGAAGGGCCCGAGGAGUAGUCCCGCCCUGCCUGGGUUCACCAGCCUUAUGGAGAUAGAGGAUGAAGAUAGUGAAGGCCCAGGAAGUGGAGAGAAUCAUCUACAGCAUUCACCCAACCAGUCCUACCUCUGUAUCCCAUUUCCUCGUGGAGAGGAUGGGGAUGGCCCCUCCAGUGAUGGAGUUCAUGAGGAUCCCACCCCAGUCAACUCAGCUACCAGUACCCCUCAGCUGACGCCAACCAACAGCCUCAAGCGCAGUGGGACCCACCACCGGCGCUGUGAGGCGGCUCUGCUCGGAUGUGGAGCUGUUCUGGCAGCCACAGGCCUAGGGUUUGACUUGCUGGAAGCUGGCAAGUGCCAGUUGCUUCCCCCAGAAGAACCUGAGCUACCAGCCCGGGAGGAGAAGAAGAGGCGUGAGGGUCUUUUCCAAAGGGCCAGUCGCCCUCGUCGGAGUACCAGCCCCCCCUCCCGAAAGCUCUUUAAGAAGGAAGAGCCAAUGAUGUUGCUAGGAGACCCCUCUGCCUCCUUGACCCUGCUGUCUCUCUCCUCCAUUUCUGAAUGCAACUCUACCCGCUCCCUACUGCGCUCUGACAGUGAUGAGAUUGUGGUGUAUGAAAUGCCAGUCAGCCCAGUUGAAGCUCCACCCCUAACCCAAUGCACCCACAACCCCUUGGUUAAUGUCCGAGUGGAGCGCUUCAAGAGAGACCCCAACCAGUCCCUGACUCCCACCCAUGUCACCCUCACAGCUCCCACACAGCCUAGUGGUCACAGGCGGACUCCUUCUGAUGGGGCACUUAAGCCAACAGCAGCCCCUGCAGCACUAGGCAGCAGGAGCCCCUCCAGCAACGGGAUGAGUCCCAGUCCCGGAGCAGGUAUGUUGAAAACUCCCAGUCCCAGCCGAGACCCAGGUGAAUUCCCCCGUCUCCCUGACCCCAAUGUGGUCUUUCCCCCAACUCCAAGGCGCUGGAAUACACAGCGAGACUCUACCUUAGAGAGACCCAAGACUCUGGAGUUUCUGCCUCGGCCACGCCCUUCUGCCAACCGGCAGCGGCUGGACCCUUGGUGGUUUGUGUCUCCCAGCCAUGCCCGCAGCGCCUCCCCAGCUAACAGCUCCAGCACAGAGACACCCAGCAACCUGGACUCCUGCUUUGCCAGCAGCAGCAGCACUGUAGAAGAGCGGCCUGGACUUCCAGCCCUGCUCCCUUUACAGGCAGGGCCACUGCCCCCUGCUGAGCGGACACUUCUGGACCUGGACGCCGAGGGGCAGAGCCAGGAUAGCACUGUGCCCCUAUGCAGAGCUGAACUGAAUGCACACGGGCCUUCCCCAUAUGAGAUCCAACAGGAGUUCUGGUCUUAGUGUAAAAAGGGUCAGGGUGGGCAAGGGAGAAGUUGGAGGAGGCAGAGGGAGCUGGCUGGCACAGCCCGGUCUCAGUUAGGCCCCCUGGGAUCCAGACCUCCUCCUUGCACUGAGAAUGCACUUUGAAGAUGGUAGGGAUGGGAGCAGGGCCACUUCAGAGGCUCUCCUGCCCUGCAGGAUCUUUUCUCCAUGGUCACUGGGGGGGGGGUGUCAGCUCUGUCUGUGUAGAGAGGGGUGUGUGCAUAUGUCCCCACGCUCUGGUCUUCCUUAUCUUUAGGGUGACACUGCAGAGUCAUUCAGCCAAAUCUGUCCACUGCCUCUCCUCCUCAGCCAGCCUGAGCUGUCCUGGGUUCCCUUUGUCAGCCCUGAGUCCUACCUGUUGACACACCUGUACUGAUGUUCUGUGAUUACUCUGAUUUAUCAUCGAUUCUUCCCACGACUCAGUGUCACCUUUGGUAAUUGAUAAGUGUCUUGUGUCCUAAGUCUUUUCAUGCAAGCUGAUGGGGAUAGGCUGGCCUUAUGAAGGCCAGAGGGCUGGACAGACCUGGUACUGCCUAUCUGCGCAAAUCUCAAUGAGUACUGAAAGUUAGGAAAGGGAGGAGAGGAGGCAGUCAGGAGCAAUGCAGUCAGGUUGGGUGGGGAGGGUGAUAGAGUCAUGCCUUCAUUUGGUUUAGGUUUUAGAAACAAAGGCAGAAAUCAGCACCCAUUGCAUGGCUUGGGUUCAGAUCACGGUCACACCAGGUUUGAAUGUAAUCAGAUUCAUCUCAGGAGUAGCUGUUUGGGAGACACGCUCACUGACCCCAGUUCUGAAGUCAGGAACAAUGCCUGCAUUUGUCUGUCUUACUAGACUUCUGUUCUUUCCUCCAGUUCCUGGAGUCAAUGGGCUUUAGGUCACGUAGGAUUCGCAGAUACACCUGAAGUAUGCCAAUAGCAUAUGGGACCAUGAGGUAUGGAACUAUCGGGAUUUCUACACCGGACUGUCCAUUUUGUGAUGUCCUUGAAGUAAAUGAAACUCUUAGUAAUACUGUUUGGGUGCAGGGAGGUAGUAGCAUGAUACAGUUCCUAAGGCACGCAGUGGUUGCUGACACCAUCUCUGUCUAUACACAGGGAGCCUUUGUGUCAGGCCCUGUACCAUGACCUGGGUAGCAGAGACCAGAAAGGCUAGUGCUGAUGUGUUUAGUAUUUGUUUCUUAAACUUGAAUACACAGCUUCAAAGUGUUCUCACCCAUUUUCUUCACUGUCCAUUCCCAGUGAGCCCCCUGUGUUGUGUGUGCACCAUGGCCCUACAUGAUAGUAACAGCUUGGUUGAGGUUACAGUCCCCAGUGGUGUUUCAGUCUGUUUACAGGCUCUCCGUGUUUGCCACCUGGAUGCCCAGAGUGUUAGAGCUGUAUACAUGGUGCAGGUGACAGAUGUCAUCAGUGCUGUUUCUCUGGGAAGCAUGUCGGGUUCCACAAGUUCUUUAUGAGCUCAUUUGCCCUUUGUCUCAACCCUGCACCCCCAGUUUCAGACAGGAUCAGUGCUGAUGGUGUCAGCCAGGGUUUUGCUAUAAUAUCUGAUCUUCCCUCUUGGUUCUGUGAAAUGAGAAUGGAAGAGAUUAACUUUGCCCCCAUACUCUGACCCCUCAGAUAUGAGAGGAGUGCUCAUGACUCCCGUGGCCCCAGCCAACCCAGUGAUGUUCCCCUGUUCCAAGCCACAGUCAUCUGCACACCUUGGCUGCAUUAAAGCUUUAAGGUAGGCUGCAGCUUGUUCCAGCCUGUGCUCCAACCCAAUUAGGGCUUUUUCCUAGCCACAUUUUGACUGUAGCCAUCUCUCCAGGAAAGACAUUGUUACAGAUGCAGUGUACACUGAGUGGCAGCUACAUGCCAUUGAGUGACAGGUGGAAUCUAGUUCAUCUCUACCCAACAUUCAGACAGAGGAAGGCUUUGCUAAAGAGAUGAUUGCACCAGAGAGAAGUGAAAGCAGGGCUGAGUAAACUGCUGCAGUGAACAUGGGUUAACAUGGUGGGAGGGGUCUUGUUUUAGCUCCUCCAAACCUGUGCGGUGCUGGCCCUCUGCCUGCCACUCUUGCGUGCGAGCCUGGAGAUGAGAUGAAUGUUAAGAAGUUACCAUUUGUGUGACAUAGGUUUCCUUAUAGGUGGUCAUGGUUAGGACCAGGCUUGGUAGGUGUGAAUAAACCCACUUAAGUGACAGUAGCUUCUCCCUUUCACUUCCCUUUCCUCCAAGAUUUGGCUGUCUGCUUGGAAGGCCUGUUCACCAUCUUCAAGCUGUUAAUAGGAUUGGAUACUGUUCUUUUCUGUGAGUCUCUCAGGCCUUCACUUGCCAGUGCUUAUCCUUAUAGGUCCAGGCUAUUGCUAGGAACUGAGGAGGUGCCUCCAUUGCCACUUACAGCUAUUUCCAGGAAGGUGUGGUGGAUACUCUUCACUUGGUAUUCUUUGACAUCCUUGUGACCUUGUAGGCAUUGUAAUAACAAUAGCCUACGUUUGAACAACUCAGAAUAAGGAUGUUUUCCCUUCUAACCUUUUUUUUAAAAAAAAGUGACAUCAUUUUCUUCACAUUCGAUACACUUGUCUCAAGAGCAGCAGACAGACACAUGACAGACAGACAGACACACACACACACACACACACUGUUUGGAUGGUUGAGUCUGGCCAGCAGGCUCUGAGACCACGUGAGCCGGCCUGCCUCCUCUGUUCUGCUUUUCUUGCAUGACUCUGGUCCUGUGUCCUGAUCCCUCUCAGGUCUCCUUCCAAAAGCCUUUAUCAUACACUUCCCUUGCAAGGACACUGAGACACUGUGACUCCCUGCCAGCUGGAGGGCCAGGUUCUUCCCCUGCAGGAUGAAUAUGCUGAGGCUGACAACGUGGUUCUCACCAUCUCUGCCUCAGGGCAUCUCGCCUUAGUUUUAUCCCUUGGCUUCUGGAAGAUGAGUGAUUUGGAGUUGGUUUAACAUGAUUAAUGGGCACCCAGGCCAGGCGCAUGCUCUUCCACCACAUCAUGUAGCCCAGGUGACUACAUAAUCGUUUUCUAAUUCCCUUCCCCACUUAACCUGGCCAGCUGGGUGUCCUUACCAUUUGUGUCUUACUGAGCAAACAGGAGCUUGGUGGCAGCAUCUGGGUGGCAGUUUGCUGUCUUUGCUUUUUGAGGAGUAUCUCUAAGGUCAUAUUUGAUAAGAAUUCGAAAUCAGGCCAGUUCUGGAAUAAUCUUUGGGAAGAGGGUCCCUAGCCAUGGAACGUCAUGUGUCAAGGGAUAACGCUCCUCAUAGAACUCAGGGACACGACACUGCAGGGUGUCCAGACCCGACCUUGCUCCACGCUUUUCCCCAUGAGAAGGGCCAUUCUUAACUCAUGAAGUUCAUGUCUUCUCCUCAUCCUCUUCUUUCCUCUGGUACCCUGCCCACCAACCCUGUAGCUGGAUCUCCCAUUUGCUAAGCAAGGGCCUACCAAUGUCAAGCUCUUAACAGAGGGCCUGGAAGGCUGGGUGGCUGUGAGUGGACACCUCAGGAUGUAAGUGUCCCAUGGUGCUCCACCGUGGAUGCAGAACCCCCAUCUUUUUAUCAUACGCUUAUUUGAUCAUGUGCCUUUGGAUGGGUAUGUGAGGAAUUGCACAACCUGACAGGUCAGAAGCACAGAGCUCUGCCUCUAGAAGGCCUGGGAAAGAGAGACAGGCCCUACUGUUGGUGAAGUACUGAACUUCCUCUAUGGACUUGUGUCGACUGGAAUUGGGGUAGAGGUAAGAGUGGCCCUCAGGGAGUUGUGGGUGGCAAGAACCUGGCAACUUAAUUUGUCCAUUUUCAAGUCGAAAUUUGCCAAUAUCUGGCCCUUCGGAAGCCCUCCUGUGAGCUGGAGAGGAUGCUCACUCCUCUACUUAAAGCCCUUCUAAUUUGAAAACCUACCAUCUUAGUGAGGUUUGGAGAUGCAUUCCUGGGAGCCCAGCUACUCAGGAGACUGAGGCAGGGCAAUUUCUCCAGCCCCAGGUGUGAUGUCAGUCUGGGGCAACAGAGCAAGUUCCUGUCUCUUAAUGUCUGGUUCCGGAGGCCCAGCCCCAGCACAGAGAGCUUCUUGCAUUGUUGCUUCCCUUGGAGAAAGGGAGCAUGUCUGUGUGACUGGAGGUCAAAGGCUGAAGUUGGCUACUCCAUGUGGAUCAGUCAUGUAUUAAUUGUCAUACAUUACGUAUAUCCUUGGCUUGGCCUGAGAACGACUCCCUGCCACGAUACAGUCGGAAACACAUUUCCAGAUGACCAAACAAUAUUUUCCUAGUUCAAAAGUCGUAAUAAAAUCCACAUGUAAAAGGAGAAAGGCCCUUCUCCUUGGACUCUUUCCCCAACAUUGCCGCCUGGAGGCUCACCAUCUCUGGUACUUAGUAGGAGGGCAGGAACUAGGAGCUGGAAUCUUGUUUGAUUAAGGGUAAUUAAUUCAUAUCUAACCAGUCUAACCCAGACCAGGGUUCCUGGUUAAGUCUGCAAGCCAGGUGAGGUUUAUUUAUUUAUUUAUAUAUUUAUUUAAUGGACUGCUUCUAGGUGUUCCCAUUCACUGCCUUCUUUGUCCAUUUCUGGUUGUGGAUCCUGGGGGCACCUGGGUCUCCCUAAGCUGCUGGGGAAGCGCUGGACUGACUUUUCAGUGUACUGAGUUCUCCUUCCUUAGCUCUGACUGGGCUUUGAUUUCUUACUGCCUUUGUCCCUGAAUCAUCUCUAAGUCUCUCGUUGGAAAGGGGAAGAUCCUGGGGGUUGAGGGUGGUAACCUGAGCAGGGAUCUCCCUUGGAAGCAGCCCUGCCCCGCCCUGCCCUGACUGACCCUCUGACUGCUCUGCCUGUGCCUGGAUUGUCAGGUGUGAACUGGCAGCAAGAUAGGAAAUGAGAGCAGAAAUCUCGUGUUCAAAGACCAGCUUUUCUUACUGGGGCAGGAGGAGCAGAAGCCCUCUGGUCAGAACGGCUGUAAGGAAGACCCUGAUGUGAAGACCCCUGGGAAGUGAUAUGGCAUCCUUGCACACAAGACCAAAUUUCAGUAGUUCUCUGUUGCCCUCACUCCUGCAAUCCUUCACACCGCCAUAUUUGCCAGACAGCCUUAAGGCUGAGCACCGACCAUAUCAUGGAUGUUUUUAUUAGUUUUGGCAUUUUAGAAAUUUACACUGAAGUAUAGUUUAGCCUUUGGUUACUGAUUUUUUUUGUUUGUUUUUAAUCCUCCCUUUGAAGUUUGUAUCCAAUGCAAGUGCCUUGCUCUCCUUAACCUGGUGUGGGAUAGGCCCUGCCUGCCUGUCUGCUGGGGCUCCAGAUGGAGCUGCGGCAUUUGACAUAGACUUUGUGUUUUAUCUUCAUUACCACCUCGUACCACAAGUUCUAAGUGCUGCUUGUCGUCCCCUAAAUACAAUGGGGAAGCACCCUGUCCCUGUCCUUGGCCCUGUGGCUGGGGUGACUUGUCCUUCCUUCGUGUUCUCUCUCCGGCUGCCUUUCAGGCUCGCCGAAGCAUUCCAGAAAGAAAGUGCUCAUAUAGACAGAAGCCUGGACAUUUUCAACUUAAACCGCUCUUGGAAUUCUAGAAGUAAAUAGACCUCACUCAUCAGUCCUGCUCCCCAGUGUGGUAAGCUUUGUGACUUUUCCCACCCCACCCCUGCACAGCAAACCUUCGCACUGUCCACUAGGGUUAGCCUCACUGCCAUUAUUUCCCGCCUUCACAGUCGCACCACUCACGCCGUUUAUUCUACCUCCAGUUCCAAGGCCAUGACUGCUAUGCCUUUUAUUUCUUAUUUUUAUUAUCAUUGUUACUUUGGAUAGGGUCUCAUGUAACCCAGACAGGCUUCGGACUUGUUAUAUAGCUAAGAUGACCUUGUGCUACUGAUCCUCCUGCCUCCACUUACCAGCUGCUAAGAUUUCAGGCAUGUAACUUAGCUCCGUAUUACUGUCAGAAUGAGAUGAGGGUUUAUCCUGGCCCGGGUUUGGAGCUGGAUGUCAAAUCUUAAGAAACAACUACUAAAUCUUCCACGUAAAGAAGCUCUGUCCGGAACGUUACGUGCGUGUGCUUUGUGGCUCCUUACAGCACCCCCCAGAGCUGGUGGCUAUUACCUGCAUCCAAGAGUGUGUGGACAGACUUGGGGUGUUCGUAUCGCGUGCCUAGAGUCACAGAGCUGGGAAGCAAGUUGCCGACCUCUGCUCUAGCCUGUGAGCGCAUUUCUAGACCGCUGUUGAAAAGCCUUGAGGUGAAAUUAGUCCUUCUUGGGUCCAUGUACAUUCUGAAAUCAACCCCUUCCCAAGGAAUUGUAUUCUCUGGCUGACCUGUGAUCUCCCAGAGCCCAGCAAACGUCAUUAUUGCUGAUAGUAGCUUUCUCCUUCACCUUUCUCGGGUCUGCCGGGAUUCUGAUCUCCCUGGGAUGGCUGUCUGCCCUGUAGCUCCCCUCCCAGCACCAAGGAGGCCCUGGUCUCUGCUCUCCCCACUUGGAACGUCCUGUAUUGCUCCUCCACUUUGUUUUGUUCCCAGUUCUUGGAACUUGGAAGCCUGUCUCAGCUCCUGUCUUCCAGGGAGAUCAGGAUGUUGUUCUUUUGUCGCCUGAGCCUUGGUACCCAGCUAGCAAAGCAGAGAGGUGUUGAACUCACUAAUGUUCUGCUCCCCCUGGCCCCUGUUCUGGACAUUUGUCCACAGCCAGGCCUCCACACGCAGCGAUCUGAGGCUCUGUUCAAGGACAGGCAUUGGAUAGGCUCUAUUUUUCUGAAAAAGUUGUAUUUGGGGUUUCUCCUUUUGACGCCCAUGAGUCUAGAAGGUAAGGUGAAAGUUGUUUGUUGUUCAGUAUUUAACUACAAGCUUCCUUUUCUGUGGCAGUGUCUCCUCUUCUCUGUGUGUCUUGAGUCCCUCCUUGAGCCCCUAUUUGCUUUGGAAUUUAAAUUAUUGUGUAUUAUCAGAAGUAUUUAAAGACGGAAAAGUCCUGAAGGAAACUUGUUAUCAGGUUCUACCCUUUGGCUUUCUCUCCUCAUUUCUUUCAAGGUACUGUACAUUGUUGACGGGAUGCCAAGCGGGCUUGGUUCAGUGGCUAAGCCGCCCACUGUAUUACCGUGUAAUGCUGAUCUCCGCCUGGUCCCAACACCAGAGCUCUCAGAGACUUGAAUAAACUGUCACACUGGUUACUCCUGGUU